CACACUAGAGAGCAAAUUGAAGCCGCAUUGCAAAAAAUAUAAUUAUUUAUUAAUUAUUUAAGCGGCCCCGCAGCGUGGGUCAUAAAUCGACACAGUCGACUGAGUAGGAGCAACCGUUCAACAGCGGGCUCCACAGGCAAAAGAAGAGCACGUGGGCAGGCGUCGAGUGGAGCAGCAGCAGCAGCGGCCCGAAAAACGCCGGCAAAACAAGAAAAUGACGUCGGCAAAGGAUUUAAUCAAAAUUGACAUAGAAUGGGGCAUGGAGCGCUUAGUGCGGGCCCAACAGGUUGUGGAGCUGCGACCCUACGACAUCGAAUCGUGGUCUGUGAUGCUCCGCGAGGCCCAGACACGUCCCAUCCACGAGGUGCGCAGCCUGUACGAGUCCCUGGUGAAUGUCUUCCCCACCACGGCCCGCUACUGGAAGCUUUACAUUGAGAUGGAGAUGCGCAGCCGUUACUAUGAGCGUGUGGAGAAGCUCUUCCAGCGUUGCCUGGUCAAGAUCUUGAACAUUGAUCUGUGGAAGCUUUAUCUCACCUACGUGAAGGACACCAAAUCGGGUUUAAGCACGCACAAGGAAAAGAUGGCCCAGGCCUAUGACUUUGCUCUGGAGAAGAUUGGCAUGGAUCUGCAUUCGUUUAGCAUUUGGCAGGACUAUAUCUACUUUCUUCGCGGCGUGGAAGCCGUUGGCAAUUAUGCAGAGAACCAAAAGAUCACCGCCGUUCGUCGGGUUUAUCAAAAGGCCGUGGUAACACCCAUUGUGGGCAUCGAGCAGCUAUGGAAAGACUAUAUUGCCUUUGAGCAGAACAUUAAUCCCAUCAUAUCCGAAAAGAUGAGUCUAGAGCGAUCCAAGGACUACAUGAAUGCCCGCCGUGUGGCCAAAGAGCUGGAGUAUCACACAAAGGGUCUUAAUCGCAAUUUGCCAGCGGUGCCGCCCACUUUAACCCGUGAGGAGAUCAAACAAGUGGAGCUAUGGAAACGUUUUAUUACCUACGAAAAAUCCAAUCCUUUGCGUACCGAAGAUACGGCUUUGGUCACACGCCGCGUUAUGUUUGCCACGGAGCAGUGCCUGCUGGUUUUAACCCAUCAUCCGGCCGUUUGGCAUCAGGCCUCACAGUUUCUGGACACAAGUGCUCGCGUACUCACCGAGAAAGGCGAUGUCCAAGCAGCCAAGAUUUUUGCUGAUGAAUGCGCCAAUAUCUUGGAACGCUCCAUCAACGGUGUCCUCAAUCGCAAUGCCCUGCUGUAUUUUGCCUAUGCUGACUUUGAGGAGGGUCGCCUCAAGUACGAGAAGGUUCACACCAUGUACAACAAGCUGCUUCAGCUGCCAGAUAUUGAUCCGACUUUGGUCUAUGUUCAGUAUAUGAAGUUUGCUCGCCGUGCCGAGGGCAUCAAAUCCGCUCGUGGCAUCUUCAAGAAGGCCCGCGAGGAUGUACGUUCCCGUUACCACAUCUUUGUGGCCGCCGCCCUCAUGGAGUACUAUUGUUCAAAGGACAAGGAGAUUGCGUUCCGUAUUUUUGAGCUGGGCCUGAAACGCUUUGGCGGCAGUCCCGAGUAUGUCAUGUGCUAUAUUGAUUAUCUGUCGCAUCUGAACGAGGACAAUAACACACGGGUGCUGUUUGAGCGUGUGCUAAGCUCCGGCGGCUUGUCGCCGCACAAAAGCGUGGAGGUAUGGAACCGUUUUCUUGAGUUUGAGUCCAACAUAGGCGAUCUUUCCAGCAUUGUGAAGGUAGAGCGUCGUCGCAGUGCCAUCUUUGAGAAUCUCAAAGAGUACGAGGGCAAGGAGACUGCCCAGCUGGUGGAUCGCUACAAGUUCCUUGAUCUCUAUCCCUGCACUAGCACUGAACUCAAGUCCAUAGGCUAUGCUGAGAAUGUGGGCAUUAUCUUGAACAAGGUGGGCGGCGGCGUCCAUAAUCAAAAUAAUGGAGAGGCCGAAGCGGAUAGCGAGGCUGCCCCACCUUUGCCGCGUCCUGAUUUCUCCCAAAUGAUUCCCUAUAAGCCGCGUCCCUGCGCUCAUCCUGGCGCCCAUCCUUUGGCCGGUGGUGUCUUCCCCCAGCCGCCAGCGUUGGCUGCCCUCUGUGGCAUUCUGCCGCCGCCCAACUCCUUCCGUGGACCCUUUGUCAGCGUGGAGCUGCUCUUCGAUAUCUUUAUGCGUCUCAAUCUGCCGGAAUCUGCCCCACAACCGAAUGGCGAUAAUGAUCUGACACCGAAGAUCUUUGAUCUGGCCAAGUCCGUGCAUUGGAUUGUGGACACCAGCACGUAUACGGGGGUGCAGCACAGUGUGACGGCUGUACCGCCGCGACGACGACGUCUCCUGCCCGGUGGCGAUGAUAGUGAUGAUGAUCUGCAGACCUCGGUGCCGCCCACACAUGAUAUUUACCGGCUGCGGCAGCUGAAGCGCUUUGCCAAGUCCAAUUGAGCUUGAUUUCAAAUUAUUUCCUCUUUUUUUCUCUAUUUUUUGUUGUUUUUUACAUGCAUUUAUAACAAAAGAAAAAAAUACAAGGAAAAUAAGACAGAGUUUUUAUG